CCCAGGAUGGGGCAGAGGGAAGGGGGAGAUGAGAAAUGGGAGAAUGGGGGAUCGAGGGCGCAGCCCUGCAGCUGACCAGUGAGAGCAAGACCUUCUGGAGGGUGGAAGAGGAGCUGAGCUGGUCUGAGGCCCUGGAGUGCUGCCGGCAGCACCGCACAGACCUGGCCGACCUGCAGAGCAUGAGCGACGGGAGCAACAUCAAGACCCUCUAUUCCCUUACCAGCAGCACCGCGGCCUGGAUCAGCCUCUUCUUCCACGUGCGCCUUGGGGGCCUGAGAUGGUCCAGCGGCUCCACCUUCAGCGUGCCAGUGUGGAGCUCCGCCGUCUUCGAGGAGGGUCUCUGUGCCACUCUGUAUUCAAUAGCCAUUUUCCCCAGCCUGGGGGCCGCCUCGUGCACUGCUCAGAAGCCCUUCAUCUGCUACUACGAUCCUGCCCUGGAGCGCCACACCCUCCUGGAACCGGCUCUCAGCCUGACCACCUCUCCAAAGCCAGCUGAGGUUCAGAUUGGCAAUCUGAACUUCAAGCAAUGUGACCAAGAAAGGAAGUGGCUGGCAGCUGUGAGGUACUGCCGCAGACACCGCACAGACCUGGCUGACCUGCAGACAGUGACUGAGGAGACAGACAAGGAGGCCUUGAAAUCCAUCACGAGUUAGACUGAGGCCUGGAUUGGCCUCUACUUCAGUGAGGCCUCUGGGUCUCUGAGAUGCUCCAGUGACGUGGGUGCCAGCGUCCCGACCUGGCUGCAGGUGCCUGAGUUUGGGGCAGGACUAUGUGCGGGUCUCCGCAGCUACUGGAGCUUCUCCGCCAGAAUUUCUGCAGUGGCCUGCUUUUCCCUGAAACCCUUCAUCUGCUUCCAUGGUGCGGGCCCUCCUGAGUUUGGCUCCUGUGAUGGGAGGCUGGUCAUCAGUGUCUGGUGGGAUCUCUCACAGGCGUGUCGGCUGUGGCGGACCUGGGGGUGCUGUGUCCCCCCUCAUCAGCCCUGCCCUCACACUCACCGGUGGUGUUUUCUUGCACACCCCACCAUUGGACACCGGGAGUCAGCAGCCCUCCCUCAGCUCUCCUACACACCCUCCUCAGAAGUGACCAUGGGGACAACGCCCAGGCCGCACCUGGCGGGGUCAGAAGGCCCUCCUUGCUUCGCCCUGUCUGCGAUGGGUGUGCAGGGCCGGGCGCGGAAAAACCGCGCGCCGCGCACCGCGGUCCCCCCCACCCCACCCCGCAUCCCCUCCCCGGCCGCUCGGCGCAGCGGGCCCCACGGAAGCCUUCUCUCUGGCGUAGGGGCCAGCGCCGGCCCCGCGCAGGGUCCGGCUGAGGCGGCGCGGCUCCCGCAGCUAGUCAGCCCGGAGCCCGCCGAGCUCGGCCCCCGCCCGCCCCCGCCCCCCGCGCCUCCUCCUUCGCGGGCCCUGAGGCGCCAGAGACCCAAGGGACGGCGGCGCCGAGCCCUCCGACCCACCUCGAGAUCCCUGGGGCGGGCCCGGGACGCCGCGGGGGGCGCAGCGGGCCCCUCGCCCGGCUCCACCCGCGGGGCCUUGGCUCAGCCGGGGAUGGCGGCGCCCCCCGGGUCUGCCACGUCCAGCCGGUCCCGCAGCGCCGAGCUUCUGGGUACGGAAGAGAGCACCUCGGAGCCUUCCGGCUCAGGGAGCUCGGCUGGGCCUCAGAGAACAACGGCGCGCCAGGACGCGAUAGCUCCGAGCCAGGCCGCACGCCCGAGACCGCUGGCAGCCGGCCAGAGCCUGAGACAGCUCAGGGGCAGUCACCAAUCUCAGACCACCUUGCUUCUGGCUGUAUUUGCAAUAACUCCUUUAUUUUCCCCUCUUGUAGCUGUGACCAGUGAAAGGAGUGGCACUGAUACGACAGAUGCAGCUAUUGCCACUCAGGCCCAACAUUUGAGCUCAUCUAAUCACCCAGAUUCUAAAGAAAACACUCUAGCACCAAAACCAGGGUAACUCUUUGGAAUCCUGAAAGCAGAUUUUCUUAUCCCAGUUCUGAUGCACCCAGAAGACAUGAAAGACCAAUUUUUGAGUGAGAUCCAAGAAGUCUUAAAGCUUACAUUAGGUCAUGAGCAAUUCAGAUUGAAAUGGGUUGACUUUGAAGUAAACAAAAAAUAGCACACGUCUACUGUGACCUGGAGUCUCCUCACACAAUUUUCUCUGGAUUUUGAGUGAAUUUUAGUUUUUUAAUUCAUAGUAAAACAGAAGUAGAAGUCACUAGAUAUGUGAAGAGGCUAACUGGUGGAAUUUCAGACCUAUACUUAGCCUGUAAGAAAACUACUUAUGGGACCUGCAUCCUGGGGUUUUAAAGAAUGAAGGUAAGCAGAAGAUGGGGGUAUUUGGA